AUGGAAUAUAGUUAUCAGUAUAUGACGUUUUUAAGUUCUGUCUUUUUGGAAUUCGCCUCACCACCACUUUCCCUCGGAGUGAAAGGAAUCAAGCUAUUGAUCCGACUUUGUGAAGUGACCACAAUUCCGUUAAUUCCUGUCUUGCAAUUUCUCCUGUUGACAUAUCUUCCCUGCACGCCACCCUUCAUUCUGUCCAUGUCAUCAAAUUGUAAAGCAAUAGGAUCUGUCACCAGGGUUGGAGUUCAUCUCUUCGAAACUUGGAUGGGCUGGCAUAUCAUGUAUUCUGCGAGCAUGUGGAUAUUUUACGUCCUCUUCGUCGGAAUUGUCUGCAUUUUGGGAUACUUCAAGAUAUUGGACAGACAAAUUGCCGCAAUUACAAAUACCGUUGAGAAAGAUAAGUGCAUCCAUAUCUACCGAUCCGUCCAAAUACUGGAGACUAUAUUCAACACCUUCCUCCGAAUUCGAGUCGUCCCAUCCGUAAUUCUGGGAACGAUCGGGCUGCAAAUCAUGUCACUUUACGCAUGCAUAAAUCUCCAUGAAGAACUCUCAAAGUCUGGACUUGUAAUAAUAGUCAUUAUGGGAAUGGAUGCCAUCAUAUGCAAUUUGGUCGUCUUCACUUUGGCAUCGCAAGUUCACAAUUCGUCACUGAAAAUCAUGCGAAACUUGGGGAGGAAAUCGAUGGCACUGUUCGGACAGGGACGAUCUAUUGCAAAAAGACAACUAAGAGCUUGUGCCAUUCUCAGGGUCAAAUUUGGAUCGAAUUUUAUCGACCGUGGGACACCACUCGUUGUGGAAACGUUCUGCAUAAAUCAGACAAUGUCACUUACUUUGAUUAAAUCGGGGAGGAGUAUGAAUUGAAAACUCGAGGGGAUUAUUUUAUUGAAAAAACGUAUGUAUGUAUCCAUGCAAUUUGAUGUAAAAGAUUUAGUCGAUCCAGAUAUUAAUAUUUAACAAAUUGUAGAAGUAGGAACCUAUGGAAGUUGAAAUCAAUGGGUUUGUAUAUAGCUGUGUUCUGGCUAUUGUAUACAAGUAUUUGCAUACAUAAAUUACAUAGGUGUUGUAUAAUAUACGUAGAUAUAAGCUGUUGCGGAUGUACACGUGCUCAUGAUAAUAUCUUUGUUCGACCAACUAUAAUUUAUGACAUUCUCAACCUUUAAGCUUUAUGUAAGUAUUAUCGUUGAUCAGAUAUCUGUAAAUCAGAUAUCUGUGAUAAGUUCCGUUGGCCAAAUUAUAACGCUUAAGAUCUUAAUUAAUGUAUGCCAACAUAUUUAUUUACACAGAUAGUUGAUGACAAGUUUCAUAGGUAUUUAAUUAAUUCGAAACGUAAAGUAAACAAAUACAUGCGUGGCUCAUUGUGAAUGAAACAAAAUUAUUAAAGGUCAAUCUUGAGGGAUUUAUUGCGAGUUCGCAUCAUUUGAAAAUAAUUUGGACACUAAAUACUAGCCUUGGAGAUGGACAAGUUCGUAAAUAAAUUGUCAAGCCAAUUUUUUGCGAACUUGUCAACUUUAUUUUUUGUUAACGAUGUGAAUGAUGCAAACUCGUGAAUACCCUUAUAGACAAGAAAUAUCUCCAAAUAAAUAGAUUUACGAUUAAUAUUAAGUGUGUAUUAGGAAAGAUUUUAGUUUAAUUACCAAGUUAUGGAUAUUUCAGAAUAUUCGAAGAAAGUUUUCUGCAUGCUAGUGUAUCUAGUAUAUAUGUAUGCACAAACAUAGUAUGACAAUAAGUAUGCUUGCAGGUUGUGAUGUAGGUAUGUAUGUAUGUAUGUGCAUAGGCAUACAGACAU